CAUCAAUCCGCGACUACAUGUUCAGCAGGCGUAAACAGAGUAAAACAUGGCACUGUUUCCAGCCUUUGCUGAUGUGAGCAGUGACAAGGUUGAAGACCCAUCUAAUGAAUUGAAGUGGUUGAAUAAUAAGAGUUUUCCGACCAGCGAUGCCCUGUCCCUGCAUCAUCGCUUUUUAGAGAUCAAAAGUGAGGGAGUACUCCAAGACUCAAGUUCAGACAGAACAAAUGAGGAUAAUGUACCAACAAGGAAGAAGAAAACAAAGCGUGGAGAAAAAAAGAAAAAGCACAAAGAAAAGAUUAGACGAUCAACACAAAGCAGUGGAUCAGACUCUGAACCGAUUUUCCCAAGUGAUCUCAAGCGAAAACAAACAAACAGACAACAGGCUGCUCCAGUGGCAACUUCUUUCUCCUGGUUGGAUGAUCUUCCGUCGCCCGCUGCACAGCCGUUCUGCGUCGACUCUAAAGCUGAUGCUUCCAACUGGACAUACAAGUCUCUAUACAGAGGAGAUGUCGCAAGGUAUAAGAGGAAAGGCAUCUCAUCACUGGGUCUGGAUCCUCUCAAACAAGAAGUCCACUGGGAGGACGUGAAUAAGAAACAUAAACGGGGGGACAAGAAGAAAGGCGCAGACAGAUACUUUUCCACAGCCUGUCGUCAGUUGCUCAGGUCCGAGCAGCCUCUCCCGACAUUACCGAGAGUUUGCGAAAGCAAUCGUGUCACCCAUUCCAACCCCUUUCUUCCACUGGAAGACAUUGAGGGGGAGCAGAAAGGAGAGGCGUCCCAAGGUGGCAGAGCACAAAGUUCCUCAGUGAAUCCACUCGGCGUGUACGACUCCACCACUGCCCUCUGGCUGCAGGGCAAGGGAAAGCAGGAUGAGGCAGAUCACCCCGACGAGCAAAAGCUGGAGACAGGGCAAGAAGCUGUGCUUUUGACCGGCCGGACUGAAGAAUUCAACCGGAAACUGAGAGAGCAACCAGAGGACACUCAGCUCUGGCUAGAAUUCAUUCGAUAUCAGGAUGAGUUGGGUGCAACAGUAUUUGGAGGUGAGGAAGCGCAACAGGGCAAAGAGUUAGCGGAGCGCCGCGGCAAGUCUUCGUACAAAGCCGUGCUGGAGAAAAAGCUGAGCAUUGCGGAGCGUGCUGUGGCGACCAACCCCGGCUGUGUGGCUUUGCAGCGGGAAAGACUCCGGAUCUGCCAAGAGCUUUGGGAACCGGCGGCUCUGGCUAAAGAAUGGAAGAAACUGGUCUUUCUCCACCCAAAUAGUGGGCCUUUAUGGAGGGAGUAUCUGCUGUUCACCCAGAGCUACUUCAGCAGUUUCAGUGUGUCAAAGGUGAACUCUGCGUACGGGAAGUGUCUCAGCACGCUCAGCGCUGUCCGCGACGGCAGCAUGCUGUCCCACCCAGCCUUGCCGGGGAUCGAAGAGGAUAUGCUCGAUAUCUUCACCAAGCAGUGUCAUUUCCUCCGUCAGUCCGGUCACGCAGAGAAGGCACUGUCUCUCUUUCAAGCCAUGAUGGACUUUACCUUCUUCAAACCUGACAGCGUACGACAACUGCCCACCAAGCAACAGGCUGACUUCUUUGAGCCAUUCUGGGAUAGCGGGGAGGCAAGAGUCGGGGAGUUUGAUGCCAGAGGUUGGAAAGCCUGGAUGGUCCAACAGGAGCGAGGAGGAUGGCUCCAGCCCUGUGCAGAGGAAGAAGAGGAGGAAGAGGAGGAGGAAGAGGACGAGGUGAAGGACCGCAGCCAGCCACGAUGGACGGUGUGGCUGGAUGUGGAGUCAUCUCGUGAAGCUGCGCAUUGGUUGCCUUGGAGACCUGACAAAACCAAGGGCCAAUCAGAAGACGACUGUGACGACCCGGAGAGACAGGUGCUGUUCGACGACGUCGGGCCUUCCCUAAUUUGCCUGUCUUCGCCAGAGCUUCAGCUUCGCCUCCUCCUGAAUUUCCUGUCAUUUCUGGGGCUGCCUGUGGACACUGUGCUGUCUGCUGGCAGGUGGCAUCCUGGCCUGCUGUUGGAGGACCUUUCGCUGCUCACUCAGGGUAGUGACUCCCGACGACCUCUGACGUCCCGUAACUCGUCGAGUCUUGGGGUGAACCCUGUGGGUCACAUGACCACCCUCCAGGGAACCAGGAAAUGGGUAGGGCUUGGAAAGCAGGGCGAGAAGUUUGUCAACUUCAUGUUGAAUAUGCUCCAACCUGUUCUUCCGUCUGAACAACGAGCUGUUCUUUCACUCAGCCGGAUGCAGUAUGAGAAACUAAAGGUGUUCCGUUGCAUUCAGGGCAACCAAAAACGUCUCCGCUCUCAGAGCAAAAUCAGCAAGCGGAUGGCCAAAUCGCUGCUCAAAGAACCCGACAACCGCUCAUCUUUGCCAAUGUGGCGAGAGUUCGCCCACUUGGAGUGGAUGCUCGGUAACUCGGAAGAGGCUCGCAAAGUGUUUUCCGCCACCACGGCGUUGGGCGGGGGCAAAGGGCUGUGUAACCCCUCCCUCUGUGAGCUGUGUCUACUGUGGGCUCAACUGGAGGUGGAGGACGGAGCAAGUAGUCCAGGAGGGGUGCCCAACCACGGAGGUGCACCUCCGGCCGUAUGUGUGCUCACCCGACUUGCCGAGGGGAAGGCCUUAACGCCUUCCUCGUCGUCACAGCCCGUCUCUCCGGUUGCCAUCCUGAAGGCCAGGAGGUCUUAUGAACAGGCGCUGACUAGCGCUUUGUCGACAUUCCAGGCCAACAAAAAAACUCUUCUCCAAGAAGAGAAGCUGAGGUUGAGAGGGCUUCUCGGCUGCUACGCUCUGUUCCAGUACCUCACGAUGGGCGUCAACGCGGCAAACGCGGUCUACAGCCAGGCCCGAGAGCAGAUGGACGAGCUGCACCGUACGCUGACGUCUGACCAGAGCGCCAGCGGCCCGUUGCUCGACACGUUAGCUUGCGAGUGCCAAAUGGUGGCGGUGCAGCAGGCGUCUUUGCUCAAGUACCACAUGAGCGUUAGUGUGUUUCCACUGGCGACGCUGAGAGACACACUCACCUCUGCCCUUUCAAGCUGGCCGAGCAGCGCCGCUCUCUGGAGCAUAUACGCACAGGUGGAGAACCGUUACCAUAGUGCCGGCCGGGCUCGUCGCUUUUUUCACGCCGUAACGAGGGACAACAGUAGUGUUGUGCCGCGGCUCUUUGCUAUUGUUGCUGAACAACAAAGAAAGCAGCUGGUGGAAGCAGCGCAGAGAUCCUGCGACAAAAGCGCCACCUUGACUGUCCUGCCAGAGACCGGUCUCAGCAACCGUAUCGGCAGGCUGUUUGAAAACGCCAUCGGAUCCGAGAUGGGCGCCCAUUGUCCUUUACUUUGGAGGAUGUACAUUCACUACCUGGUGUCAGAGGGUAAGCUGGAUAAAGCCAAGGGUCUCUUCUACAAAGCUUUACAGAAUAUUCCCUGGGUGAAGGGAUUGUACAUGGAUGCCGUGCAGCUGUUUCAUGAGCAUCUGCAAGAGUUUGUAGAUCUGAUGACGGAGAAAGAGCUACGAGUCCGAUUGCCGUUAGAAGAACUCGACAUAUUGCUGGAAGACUGAAUCAAACUCGCAUGCAAAACGGAAUGACUGGUAGGUUGAUCAGCAGAAAAAAAAAAAA